GUUCACAGCCCUUGCGCGUGUUAUUGUUUUGUUUUUUGUUUUUUCUUGUGACUUCUGCUACGAAUAUGGACGGCAACUCGAACUUCAAUCUUAGCUCGGCAAGAACGUGGAUCUAGCCGAACCCAUGAUGAACUAUGAGGGUCUGGACACAGGGAUGGGGGAGUACUCUCCUAGCCUUCACGGGACCCUGGAUGCAGGGAUAGAGCCCUCCAUGGAUCAGCACAUCAAUCCCAACCUCCUACAGGGUGUUGAGAUUGACACGGACCGUCUGGCCGUGGCAGUCCCUGAACCUGUGCACCUCAUGGAGGGCAUGUUUUCUGAGCUGCACAGUGUGGUCUCCGAAGUCGGCGUCCCCGUUACAGCCACACAUUUUGACGUGCAGGAAGAAAUUCUUUGGAUGGGAAACCACAGAGGCCAUGCUACAUCGUUCUUCGGACCUACAAUGGGCCGCUACUCUUCUUUUCAAGUGCAGGCAACGGACGAUAUCCGACACAUUCAGAGUCUAGAAACAGGCGUGCUGUUCCUCUCCAAGUCUAACCUCAAGUGCUGCACGCGCGGUGGCCUUGUCAUGUUUGAUUAUCCGAUGGAGGAAGGCGCUGAUAUGCAUAGUCUCCUUAUGACAAACAACAAUACUUUGCUAAUGGGUGGACUACAGAACUAUGUAGCUGAAGUCGACUUGAAUACAGUUCAGGAAACUCAAAAGUUCACCGUAGAGGUCCCCGGAGUUGCAAUUAUGCGCCAAACCAGUCGCUUCUUAUUCUGCGGGCAUACUUCUGGCAAGGUCACACUUCGUGACCUGCGUACAUUCAAAACGGAGCACGAGUUUGACGCCUUCUCAGGCAGCCUGUCAGACUUCGACGUGCACGGGAACCUCCUGGCUGCGUGCGGCUUCUCCAGCCGAGGACUGAACGGGUUGGCUUGCGACCGCUUCCUCAUGGUGUACGACCUCCGCAUGAUGCGAGCCGUCACGCCGCUUCAAGUGCACGUGGACCCGCUCUUUUUGCGCUUCAUUCCUACUUACACAUCACGCUUGGCCAUCAUCUCACAGACAGGUCAGUGCCAAUUCUGCGAGCCCACUGGGCUCGCCAACGUGGCGGACAUUUUCCACGUGAACACUGUGGGCCACUUGCUCAUGAGUUUUGACGUAUCGUCCAGCAAACAAGCGUUAGCCUUCGGGGACUCUGGGGGAUGCGUGCACCUGUGGUCUGACUCUCCCGACGUUUCAUUCAAUGACUAUUCCCGGGAGACGGAGUUUGCUCUGCCGUGCCUUGUGGACACGCUACCUCACCUGGAGUGGAACCACGAUCUGCUGCCGCUUUCUCUCAUUCCCAUGACGCUCACCAGUACGGAGCCGCUGCUGUCAGACUGGCCCGCUGCUCUGGCCACGCCCAGCCCGAGACGAGCUCCUCCCGUGGACCCAGAAAUCCUGCGCACAAUGAAGACCGUUGGAUUCAUCGGCUACGCAGCAAACCCUCGUGCUCGUCCCCGGAACCAGGUUCCCUACAAAAUUAAAGACGUGGAGCAGGACUACGACAGUUACAGCCAGGUUCCAGAGUCACCAAUUGGGCGUGAUGAAGAGCCGCACCUCUACAUGGUGCCCAAAAAAUAUAGAAAGGUGACAAUUAAGUACUCCAAACUAGGACUGGAGGACUUUGACUUCAAACAUUACAACAAAACCCUAUUUGCUGGCCUGGAGCCUCACAUUCCCAAUGCUUACUGUAACUGCAUGAUUCAGGUUCUCUAUUUCCUCGAGCCAAUUCGCUGUCUGGUGCAGAAUCAUUUGUGUCAGAAGGAAUUUUGUUUGGCGUGCGAGCUGGGGUUCCUCUUCCACAUGUUGGAUUUGUCACGAGGAGAUCCAUGUCAGGCGAGUAAUUUCCUGCGGGCAUUUCGCACCAUCCCCGAAGCGUCGGCACUGGGCCUGAUCCUCGCAGACUCCGAUGAGCAAACGGGGAAGGCCAGACUCGGACGUCUUAUCCAAAGCUGGAACCGCUUCAUUCUCACACAGUUGCACCAGGAGACUCAGGAGCAGGAGGGGCCACAGGCCUACAGGGGUGCUACCAGCAGCUCUCUGGGCUCGUCUGGCGAAUCUGCCAUCGGGAGGCUGUUUGGAUGCGAGGUGGAGAACAGCAGCCUGUGUCGUUGUGGUAAAGAGACUGUACGCUCCUCCCUCACCUUGCUCUUCACCAUGCAUUACCCCGAGCAGAACUCUCAAGAGAAAACGAUAAAGGAGUACGGCUUUGCCGAGAUCCUGAAGAAGAGCAUCUGUUUGGAGCAGAGCACACAAGCGUGGUGCGAAAACUGUGAGAAGUAUCAGCCCACAGUACAGACACGCAACAUCCGAUGUCUCCCCGAUGUUUUGGUCAUCAACUGUGAGGUGAACAGCGCUAAAGAGGCAGAAUUCUGGAAGAUUCAGGCAGAGUACGCCUUCACUAAAGCCAGGCAAAAAGAGGCAUCAGAGCCUGCAAUGCCUAAAGAAUCCCCGCUCAUGCCCACUGAGUGGUGCCUGGAUGGCGAGGACGUGUGCAGCAUGGACGGCUUCACCCGGUUGGAAGACCUUAGACAUAUGUGGAUGCCGCUCACGUUGAAGAUGUCCAUCAGCAAAACACAAGGACUGGAGAUCAGCAGCUGGCCAGAAGGAGAGGAGUUGAGUGAGACUGAGGAGGCGGAUGGCGCGUCUCUCUACGACCUAGUGGUCACCGUGCCUCACGUCCUUGACGCUCGCACAGGUGGAAACUUGGUGGCGCACAUCAAAGUGGGAGAAACGUAUCACCAGAGAAAAGAGGGAGUCACACACCAGCAGUGGUAUCUUUUCAACGAUUUCCUCAUUGAGCCCAUCGACAAGACCGAAGCUGCACAGUUCGACAUGAGCUGGAAAGUUCCCGGCAUCCUAUAUUACGCCAAGAGGAACUACCACACCAAAUACGACCUUCGCAUUAAAAAUCCCAUUGAUGCCAGCGUGUUGCUGACGGAGGCCUCGCUGGCUCGCAAACAGAGGAAGAGUCACGCGACUUUCAUCCCCCUCAUGGUCAGCGAGAUGCCGCAGGCUGGCGACCUGGUGGGGCUGGACGCCGAGUUUGUUACACUCAACCAGGAAGAGGCGGAGCUGCGCAGCGAUGGCACUAAGUCGACCAUCAAGCCCAGUCAGAUGUCCGUCGCCAGGAUCACGUGCGUGCGUGGCCAGGGACCCAAUGAGGGCGUGCCCUUCAUCGACGACUACAUCUCGACGCAGGAACAGGUGGUGGACUACUUGACUCAGUAUUCCGGCAUCAAACCAGGUGACCUGGAUGCCAAGAUCUCGUCCAAGCAUCUGACUACUCUGAAGUCCACCUACCUCAAGCUGCGUUUCCUUAUCGACACGGGAGUCCGCUUUGUCGGGCACGGCUUACAGAAAGACUUCCGGGUUAUCAAUUUAUUGGUGCUCAAGGACCAAGUCAUCGACACGGUCUACCUGUUCCAUUUGCCUCGGAAAAGAAUGAUAUCACUGCGCUUUCUCGCCUGGUACUUCCUCGACCUCAGCAUCCAGGGGGAAACCCAUGACAGCAUAGAGGACGCUCGCACAGCCCUGCAGCUGUACAGGAAGUAUUUAGGGCUGAGUCGUGGAGGCGGCUCUGAUGAAGUCAGGAAGGUCCUGAAGGGACUGUAUGAAAAAGGCCGCCAGAUGGAUUGGAAAGUCCCAGACACGGAUGCGGGAGAUGGUCGAGGCAGCCCCAAAAGUGCUGCGGCGUUUCCUCCUGUGAUAGGCCUAUGACUCAAAAACACCAGUGCUGUCACCAUUUGUUAUCUUCCCUUUUGUAUCAUGUCUGCAGAUCCACAUCAUUAUUUCAUCAUCACUUGUCAUGAUUUAUACAUUUCAUUUAAGGAAAUGAUACUGAGAACAGGAAGGCAAGUUGUUUUUAUGAAGCCCCAACAUUUUUGUUUUAUUUGCUUAAAAACAAGUUGGUGGUGCAUGUAAAUAAAUAAAUGGAACAUGAGCACCAUGA